UUGAGCGGAUCUGGCAACCCGGGCUGUCAGGCGCUCAGUCGAGGACGCUCGCUAGUAAUGCGGCUUCAAAAUCUCACCAAUACUUCAUCACAACUAGUCCUUUAUUAGCUGUAGGCAGUGUUCAGCGGAUGGUUAAAGCGUUGAGACCGGUUACCGAGAGCACAGCGGAGUUUCCAGCGUAAACCUCGCGUGUUUCAUCGCGCUGCGCAGACAUAAGGCCGGGGACAGACUCUGAGCAGGUAUCCAGCAUUGUCUCCAAAGAGUGCAAAGCAGCAUGAUCGCAGAUCUUUGGCACCAGAUCGUCCGCUGAUGGCGUGCUGUGAGACCAUGACCCCGAGGAACAUCACGCGUGAUCUCCUGCGCCGGCAGAUCCGGGAGAACCGGGCUCUGGACUUCCAGAGAACCUACCAUGUGACCGACCCGUUUAUAAAGCGUCUGGGGCUGGAGGCCGAGCUACAGGGUCACUCUGGCUGCGUCAACUGUCUGGAGUGGAACGAGAGAGGAGACCUCCUGGCCUCAGGUUCGGAUGACCAGCACGCCAUCGUCUGGGAUCCCUUCCGGCACAUCAAGCUCAUCACUAUGCACACGGGACACGCAGCCAACAUCUUCUCCGUGAAGUUCCUGCCUCACUCCGAGGACCGGAUCUUAAUCACAGGAGCCGCAGACACCAAGGUGCAUGUGCACGACCUGACGGCGAAGGAGACCACUCACAUGUUCUCAGACCACACUAACCGUGUCAAGCGCAUCGCCACGGCUCCCAUGAGACCCAACACCUUCUGGAGCGCGGCGGAGGACGGGGUCAUCAGGCAGUAUGAUCUGAGAGAGAGCAGUAAACGCUCAGAGGUGUUAAUCGAUCUGACGGAGUAUUGUGGGCAGCUCGUGGAAGCCAAAUGUUUGGCCAUCAACCCUCGUGACAACAACUACCUGGCUGUGGGAGCCAACGGGCCCUUCGUCCGGCUCUACGACAUCAGAAUGAUCCACAAUCACAGGAAGUCUUUGGGUCAGAGUGGCUCAGCCGGUGUUCACACGUUUUGCGACAAGCGGGAAUCGAUACCGGACGGCGCGGGACAGUACUAUGUCGCAGGUCACUUACCGGUGAAGCUUCCUGAUUAUAACAACAGAUUACGAGUUCUGGUGGCCACCUACGUCACAUUCAGUCCUGACGGCACUGAGCUGCUGGUAAACAUGGGUGGAGAACAGGUGUAUUUAUUUGAUCUGACGUUCAAACAGAGGCCGUACACCUUUCUGCUGCCCAAAAAAUGCCACUCAUCAUCAGAGGUACAGAAUGGGAAGACGACCAACGGUGUGUCCAAUGGGAUUCAUCUUCCUGCCAGCCGCCUCAAACUGGCUACAGUUUCCAGUGGCUCCAGUGAUCUCCCUCCUCAUCUGGAGCGGAUCAAGCAGCAGGCUAACAAUGCGUUCGCGCAGCAGCAGUGGACUCAAGCCAUCCAGCUCUACAGUCUGAGCAUCCAUGAAGCCGGCCACAACGCCAUGCUGUACGGAAACCGCGCUGCCGCGUACAUGAAGAGAAAGUGGGACGGCGAUCACUAUGACGCGCUGCGGGACUGUCUGAAGGCCUUGUCUCUGAACCCGGGCCAUCUGAAGGCACACUUCCGCUUAGCGCGCUGCCUGUUUGAGCUCAAGUACAUCGCCGAGGCUCUGGAGUGUCUAGAUGACUUCAAGGGCAAGUUUCCAGAGCAAGCGCACAGCAGCGCAUGCGACGCGCUCGACAGAGACAUCAAGGCGGCCCUCUUCUCAAAAACAGACUCCUCUGACGACAAGAAGGGGAACAGCUCCAUCCGCUUCCAUAACUUCAGCCGGAAGGAGUCCAUCCCGGAGGAUGAGAUCGUGCUGAGAGAGCGCAGCUUCGACUACAAGCAUCGCUACUGUGGCCACUGCAACACCACCACUGAUAUUAAAGAAGCCAACUUCUUCGGAAGUAAAGGCCAGUACAUUGUGAGCGGUUCAGACGACGGCUCGUUCUUCAUCUGGGAGAAAGAGACGACGAACCUAGUGCGGAUCUUACAGGGAGACGAGUCUAUAGUGAACUGCCUGCAGCCGCAUCCCAGCUACUGCUUCCUGGCCACCAGCGGCAUCGACCCCGUGGUGCGGCUCUGGAGCCCCAGACCUGAGUCGGAGGAGAAGGAGAACUGUCGGGUGGUGGAGGACAUGGAGAGCGCGGCCCAAGCCAACCAGAGGCGCAUGAACGCGGAUCCGCUGGAGGUGAUGCUGCUGAACAUGGGUUACCGCAUCUCGGGUCUGAGCAGCCGAGGCACCGAGGGCUCAGAUGAUGAAGAGAGCUCGGAGAGCCAGGUUCAGUGCCGUUCCAGCUAAACGACACCGGAGCGCCAAGCACCUUAGAUAUUUACUUUGCAAUUUCAGUGUGAGCGAAUGCUGCCGCUCUGCAGAAGGAAGCGAGAAAACCAGCUUCCCUCCGAAGCCAAAGCACUUCUAGAUCUGCAACACAUUUUUGGCACCGUUCAGGUUUAAAGCUUGUUAAUGCGGGGCUUGCUUGCUUUUGGACGCGGUUUCGUCUCGUUUUGUUUCUUUUCCGAAUGAACUUGAGCACCAGAGGACAGUAAAAAGAGUUACUGUUCAUAAAAGUAUGUUUAUAGGUCUGCAGCACUUUCUUUUGGAAUACAUUCUGGAAAAUAAACAGUGUUUCUGUUCGACCCAGACUUGUGGAUGUUCUGGGACUGAAAAUGUUUGUUGUUGUUUUUGUUGAUGACAAUGAUGAUUCGUUAAAGCAAUAAGCCCCGUGAAGCCGUGGUUUACGGUGA